CUCACUCAUUUGCUCACACCCAGUGGAGAGAGAAGGCAGCGGGAGGCGAGCCUGCCACAUCAGCUCUGGGCGUGCAGCUGAGCUCCUCACGCUGCCCCUGCUGCCCCUGCUCCAGGGCAAUGCUCCUGGGGGGCCCCUGGGGAAGAUGCAACCCUGGGCGGUGUGCCCUCCUCCUCCUCUUGGCCCUCCUACUGGACACCCUGGGCCUGGUGCUUUUGCUUGUGGGCAUCUUGGCCUCACUCGAUUACUGGGACUUCUUGGUCUACACGGGUUCUCUGACCCUGGCUUUCAGCCUACUGUUCUGGAUCACCUGGUAUUCCUUCAAUAUUGAGCUGCCUCUUGAGAAACUGGACUUGUAGUUUGGCCAUCAGCUGAGGAGAAAGGACACAGGCUUCCUGUGAACCUGGAGCUGCUAGCAGUCGGAGGAGCAGGGACAUGUUGCCACUCUCACCCAAAAUGCCCAGACAGGGACCAGAAGUCCUUUCUGAUGGAGAAGCACCUAUGUAAGAAGAUGCCUUUUUGCAACCCCUCAUUCAACAGUGCCCCAGAGGAACCCGAGGCUGGCUAGGGAUGCCGGGAUUCUGCAAGAUGGGCAUCUCCCACUGCUUUGGAGAAUGGGAUAAACCCAUAAUAAACCAUGAUAAAGACUCCAUCAAGCCUCCAGCAUCCUGUACAGGCUACUGACUCCACUGUUGGUGCCCCUGCUGAUUUAGGAGAGCCUGGGAAGCCUUGAUGUUCUUGAACUGGAGCUUUUAGGGCAGCAACCUUGCUGUGGGCUUAGACAAUAACAGAGAUGUCCUGUCUCCUGCUUCUUCUUUUGUCAAUGUCCCUUCAAAAACCAGAACUUGGAACCAAGCACAGAAAUCCACAUGGAAUCUCCUGCCAGCAUUAUUGCUACUCCUCCUCAGCUCUUUGAAUGGACUAGGGAGCUCUGGAGACUCUACCUCAUCCAUCUCUUAGUUUCGUCCAGUUGGCACAUGGUAGCAGAUUUCAACACGUUGGUUGCCAAAGCAGAUGCCCAGCCAAUGUUGAGUGUGAGAGGCUGCCCUCCUUGGUGCUGGACACUGGGUACUAUGAGCACGGCCCCACUCAUUGGCACAGACAGCCAGGCCACGCGGGGGCUCACGUGGCACUUCUUGUCAACAGAAACUCUCUGGGUGUUCUUCUGAGAAGCAAGCUAGGCCUCUGCUGUGCUGUCUGUGGAUUAUUUAUUUCUUGAUUCCCAAGGGCAGGGCUUUAUUUUUAUCUUAAUUCAAUUUCAUCUAGUCAGUUGCAGCCCCAUCAGAAGUGCUUCUGCUUACCACCUGUGCUGACCUGCCCCACUAAUUUAUAUUUCCCCUGGUCUAAUUUUGUACUUUUUAUUUAUAUUUCACCCUAAUCAAGUAUGUGUUUCUUGUAAGCUGUCUCUGAUGUUUUAUGGUAUGAGGUGGUUACCUAAUAAAGAAGUUGAUUUGGUCUUUUGUCAAAGCACGCCGUAA